AUGGACGCUCGCCGCCAACGUGCGGUGUACAAAGGCUUCCUACACCCUCGUGCUGGCCCCGCAUUGGCUCGCAUCACGGUCCCAGCAGCCGUAUCCCGCGAGGCGAAGAUCCUAGCCAAGGCGACAGGCAACGUGCGCAUUUUUGAGACGAAGACGGGCAUCCACAGGCGGAACGGCUCCGAGCUCUGCGUUGCGGCGGCUGCACAGGGCCACUUCACCCCGCAGGAGGAGCAGGUGUUCAAACGCUGGAACACGGCUGGCAACAUCGCUCGCCACAAAUGCUGGACUGCUGCACCUCGCACCUCACCUGCGAGCAUUACUACACCCCCCACUAUGUCUGCUCUGCACUCUGCUGACACGCGCGUCUCCUGGGCGGACGCCUGCGACGCCGCCUUCCCCGAGCUGAACCCGCUGGCCGCGUCCUCCCCGCCCGAGACGGAGUGCACCGUGUGGCCCCGCAGCGACACCCUGCACGCCACGAUGGACGAGAGUAUCCUCACGCUCAAGAGCUCGCUCCUCUCCAUGGUCGAUCAGAAGCUCGACUCCAGGCUGCAGGCGUGCUUCACGCCUUGGUCCGAGGCCUUCAACACACAGCAAUCCGCGGUGCUCUCCAAAGUCAUGCAGCCCGCCAUCGCCUCCCUCCAAGAGCAGGUUAUCACGGAGCUGAUGGCGAAGAUCAGCGAGGUCCAGCAGCAGGUCGUCGACACGCGCUUCGAGCUUGCCGCCUUGAUGAAGGCCCGCGUGACGUCUGCACCGCCUCCCGCUCCUGCAGAUCCACGCCGGAAAUUCGUAGAGAUGCAGCGGCCCCAGACCACCGCCGAGGAGCUGAAGAUGCAGUUCUCUGCGCUGGCGCUCAAUGUUAAGAACAUGCGGGGCGAGAUCGUCGACAAGUUCGAGGAGCGUUGCCAAACCAUCGAGAGCGACGCGCUGGAGAUUCAGCAGCAGAUCGGCUCCCUUGAGCAACACAUGCGGCGGUUUCAAGGCCACGAGGUGUUUCCUGACCUUCGGGGCGGCUCGCACCAUUUCGAGAGCUAUUUCAAUGACCUCUGCGAUCACGUUCGGAGCCCUGCGUGCAGCAACGGCUUCAAGGGGGUUCUGAAGGCCAUGGGCCUCUCCACCCCGCUGAUCACGAACGAGCCCGUGGACUCCGACACCGAGCUCACGCCGAGCGAGACUGCCGACCUGCUAGUGCCGAGAGAGACCGUCGAGAUGGUGCUGCCUCCCGAGCCCGACGAGAAGACGCCCGCCGUUACGCCAUCAACGAGUUCUGCUACCUGGAGCUCUUUUUCGCCGCCUGCUGCGGCGUCUGCAUCGACCGAGCAGCUGACCUUUACCACGAUCGCGGAGCAGCUGGUGUGGGUCGAGCGCCAGUCUUUCAACGCACAACUCUCCGCGAUGCUCCAGCCAUCAUCAACGAUUACGACUUCUGAGAACUAG